ACUUUUAGUGAAGCAUGAAGUCGAAAAGUGCUGUUUUGUUCUCAUUUUUGUUAGGAAUUGUUCCAGCAAGUUCUAUUCAAGUAAUGCUGGAUAACGUUAGCUUUUGUAACAGUACCGGAAUGGUUGACUGCGACGUAAGAGUUCACAAGAUUAACCGGACAACGGCAGCCCUUAUUGGAAAUAUCGUACAGAAAGUAGACAUCGGCGGAAGUUAUAGCGCUCUGAUCGAAGCCUACCACAGUCCGAUGGGCAACAGUCAGUUCAAUCGCUACCCGAUGAAAAUCGGACCGAUCAGCAUGUGCGAGUUUUUGAACGACUACUGGGGCGAUUACUACGGGUACGUGGUGCAGUUCAUCGAGAACAUCGCAAAACCUGGCGAGUGUCCGUUCACGGCGCGGUCCUACCAGGUCAAGGAUUGGAUCAUGGACUCGCGGUUGCUGCCACCGUACGUUUCCACUGGGCUGUGGCGAAUGAUGUGGUCAGCGUGGGACAAUCAAACCGGCGAUGUUUUCAUGACCGAAAUUGUGUUCAAAGUGUAUGACGAUGGGCACUUUUGA